CCUCCGCAUCCGCAGCAGCCCUGGCAUUUCCCACAGAUUUUCAGUCAUGGAGGCUUCCAACCACAGUUCUUUGGACCAUAUCAAGGGCACAUGCCAUUUGGACGUCCACCUGUCAGCAAUGAAGAAGGGACUCCCUAUUUUGGAUAUGGCUAUCAUGGGAUGGGAGGUCGACCUCCUUAUUAUUCUGAAGAGAUGUUUGAACAAGAUUUUGAGAAACCCAAAGAAAAAGAAGCCCCCAAAACAACUGAGCCUGCAACCAACUCAACUAUCUCUGACACAAAUUCAACCAUUUCUAAUCAGGCCAGUCAGGGAGGGAAUGCUACCAUUUCUGGACUCAGUUCAAUAAGCAAUGCAGCUAAUUCUUCAGGCCUUCAAAGUAAAUUGAUUAGUGGGAAUGAAGUCCUAACACUUUCUCCUACUGUUCUCAUGCCAGGAGGGAAUGCAGCGGCACAGAAUGGCAUGGAUCAGCCAAGCUAUAGACCUAAGUCUCCAAAUGUCAAUGGCAUUCAAAGCUUUCCUUCAGGUAGUCAACCGUCCACAGGGCAAGGUUCACAAAUCUAUCAGCCCCUCCCAGAUAUGGGAGACACGAGGCCGAACGCUUUCAUUUCUCAACGAAAUCCCUCUGUACAAACAGAAAACCCAACAUAUUCCUUGGGUUAUGGAGAGAACUCCAACCACAGAGGUAAUCUCCAAAAUACAAACCCCAACCACCUCUCAGAAAACAUCAGAGUUAUCCCUUAUGGGCAACAGGAACAACCCCGUUACUCUGAAAGGAACCCAUUAGGCCAAAGAGAAAGAGGAACUUUUCCUAGCUCUAAUCCACUAGGCCGAUGGAAUAAAGAAUCGAUCUAUAGAGAUAAUAGUCUAAAUCGUUCCCCACCUGAAGGCCAUUCACUUGAUCCACAAUUUAAUAAAUUAGAACAAGUUGAAAAUGUCUAUAAUGUAAGGGAAAAUGUUGACAGCUUUCAACCUUCUAAAAUGCACCAAUCAAACACACUUUCCCACCAAGGAGUACUUUCAGCCACAAGGCGAACUCCAUUAGAAACAGGAACCCACCAGUAUGCUCAGAAGGAGCAAUCCUUCAAUCAUCCAUAUCACGAAAGAGAACAAUUUCCGUUGUCACAAAACCAUCUGUGGAAGAACCGGGAGGAUUCAUGGGCAUUCCAAGAAGCUCCUCCGAAAUACAACUCAAUGUAUUCAUCAGGUUCUUCAGAUCACAGAGGACACGCCAGCUAUGUUGAAAAUAAUUCCUAUGGUCAACGCACACAUUCCACUUUUCCCAGAGCAUGGGAAGAUGGGACAGAUCCUCCAACAAUAGGCCCUCCAGUUCAAAGGGAAAGUCUACCAUAUUCUCCUGCUUUGCCUUCAAAUCAAAUGCAAAGGAACACCUACCAAAAAAGCACCCAGCAGGAACACGAACCAUAUUCCGAACAAAAUCUGUGGAACCGCGAAAAUCAUAUGUUUGAUCUUGAUGGACAGUAUAGAAAUCGUCCUCCAUACAAUCCACCUCAGCCUCCUACCUAUCCAAAAUAUUCUGUAGAGAAUCCAUUUUAUGACAGAGGUAAUUUGCCAUAUAAGGAAAAUAACCAAUGGACCCCAGAAGAGCAGUCUCCAGUUCAAGGUGCAGAACAAUUGAGGCACACAGAAAACAGCCCAUAUCAUAUAAACAAUGUGCUUGGACACAGCGAGAGGAAUUUGCAGAACCAGAGGUCAAGCUCAGCAGUACAAAGCACCUCUCUUCUUCAAGGAAGACCACAAUAUGCUGAAAGAAAGCCAGUGGUCCCCCAAAUGGUGCGACCAUCUUCUCAAAAAGACGUUCCACCUUACUUUAAUACCUAUUCCUCAGACAUCAGAAGAAACCCAGCAUUUAUGGAAGACACCAGAAGAAGAUUUUAUCCAGACACACUGAGAUAUGCAGAUGAUUACCCAACUGAACAGAGAACAGUCUCACACCCUCCUGCAAACCAUUUGUGCUGUGCAAGCAAUUCUCCAGGGACAAGGGAAAAUGUACUGGCUCCGCUGAGAAGUGCUGCUCCUUCAUUCCGGCUUGCUUCCUGGGAACACAAAGGAAGCCCAGCCUAUCCAGAGGGUGGCCAUCCUCAGAAUGCUGGGCAAGCUUCCUACCUGGCUGGCAUUCAAUCUAAACAUUCCCCAAAGACGGGAAAAAUGCUCCCCAAUCAAAGGGAGCAUCUGGGUGAAUUCCGAGAGGAAGCAGCAGGUCUCCAGAAGAGUCCACCAUGCUGCAAUCCACAGUUAAGGCAAGAGAAUCCACAGUUAACCAGCUAUGAACCUUGGCUGCCCCAACCAAGAAAUGCCCCUUGCUGUGGAAGCAGCAUCAGAGGGGAUGGACAUAAUGUCCUUGGACGGAGUGUGGGAGCAAAUCCCUCCAAAAGAGAGCCUGAAAAGGGAGCUUCAACAUUCCUUCCUGAAACGUUCGCACAGCCACAAGGGAUCCGAGGCGAAGCUCUUGUGAGUGACACCGACCGGAAAGGACACCGUGAAGCACAGGGGCCUGAGAGAAUCCCAUGUUUUGCCAGCUGGUUAAAGCAGUAUUUAUCUAGCACGGGAGCACCCCUUGAUGAUCAACAGCAUGUCCUCGUUUAUGAAGAGGACCCAGGGCCCACUGGAAGACCAGACAUCCUCCUGCUUGAACCACAGCCAAUAUCUAGCACCAAUCCAUCUCAUGAUAUAGAAGACAACUGGUUGAAAUUCAGUUCUCCAGGAGAAGAAUUGGUGCAGCAACCCACAGAAAGCACACCUGACUGUUCACUGCUCCAAAACAAGUAA